UUAAAUGGAGAUGAUCCGUUCGAUGAAAAAAGCGAUGAAAAAAGCUGGGUAGCAGGAGGAGAACUUAUACUUGGAAUACAAGAAGAUAUCAAAGUGGGAAUGUAUAAAGUUAAUAACUGCUUGAUAGAUUAUGAGGAAUUAUUGAUUAUUCUUGGGGCCCGUACAAUAAGACCACCUCCAGUUCCAGUUCCAGCUCCUGAUCCUGAUGAUCAAAAAGAAGUGGUGCUUAAAUCUUUGCUGGACAAGCUUAUAAGUCAGUCCGAUAUUGAAUGUCAAUGUAAUGAUGUUGUUUUUGUUGUUGGUGAAGAGAAAGUAAAAAUUGGUGCUAGCAGAUAUGUGCUUUCGGCUGUUUCAAAGCAUUUUAAGAAGAUGUUUUGUGGUGGUUUAAGAGAGUCGACAAUGAGAGAUGUUGAAAUUCCAUUAGAGGAAUUUGAACCAGAUACAUUCUGGAUAUUACUUCAAUGGUUGUACGGGCAAUCUUUUGAGGAUGCAGCAAAAUCUGUUUUAUGCAAGCGUGAAAAUUUUACCUCGGAAGAAGAAAGUUAUGAAUCUUACUAUUUAACAUCUUUGUUAAAUCUUCUAAAAAUCUCGGAUUAUCAUGGUGUUAAACUCAAAGAUGAAGUAGAAAGCAAAAUUAUAAAUGGAUCAUAUAUUAGUAUCAUCAAUGUUUGUGAAUGUUUAGUAUGGUCAAAGGAUUCCAAAGCAACUCGAUUAAGAGAUUACUGUAAAAAGUAUAUUAAAUCAAAUUGGGAGCUUGUUUUAGAACAAAAACUAGAAUAUCGCGCAAAUGCUUCGGAUAUACAAGAAGAAGAGGAUCAAACGAGGAUGUUAGAGUUAUUGUUGUCAGAUGAUCAUUAGCUAU